AUGUCGGAUUUGUCUGGUUCAUCACAGGGGCCAGCAGUGGUUUUGGCAAGCCAUAAGGUGAUUGAAACGGCCCGGAAGGUCUCAACCAUUGAGCAGCUUCAUAUCGCCGGCGCUGCGGUCCUGGAGUUGGACGUGACUUGGGGUGAGCGGAUUGUAGUCGCCAAGCUGGAGGAAGCUAAUCAGAUCUACGGCAAGAUAACCAACGUCGUCAAUUGCGCUGGAUACAUUCUUGAGGACGCGGUAGAAGAGGCAAGUUCCAAGGAGGUCUACGACGAGUUCAACACCAAUGUUUUCGGCGCUGCUAAUAUCACCCGAGCUUCUGUUCCUUAUCUUCGUAAGGCUGCUCAAACUGGUUCUUGUCAUGCCGCUAUUGCCCACUUCGGCAGCCUAGCCUCUUACUGGCCUUUCCCCGCCAUGGCGCAUUACUGUGCCUCCAAAGCUGCUGUCUCACUUCUUACUGAUGGAAUCGGUCGCGAAGUGGCGCCAUUUGGCAUCAAGGCAUGCACCAUUGAACCCGGCUUCUUCCGCACUGAGUUUCUUAACAUGGGAGAAGCUCAACGCCGUGCUCAAACUGCCGUAACCCUACUUACGUACGCUGGCACUCCAGUUGCAGAUUCUCGUGAGCUGCUUAUCAAGGCGAAUAACAACCAAGCUGGUGACCCGGAGAAAGGCGCUAAGGUCAUUGUGGAUAUUUUCACUGGCACGGGUGUUGCAAAUGGCAAAGAAAUCCCUAAUCGUCUGCAACUGGGCUCUGACAUUGUGGGAACCCUGAAGGAUUCUAUCAUCCCCGAAUUUUAAAU